AUGUGCCUCAAAACGGAGCAGCCUCAGCAGCAGCAGCAGCAUCAAAACAUGGGGGCAGAUCUUUGGGCUUCCGUCUCGUGGGUGCCUGCUGCUCCCGGCGCUACAGUGGCUAACGAAGAGCUGACGAAUCUAUUGCUAAAAGGCGUUGCAAGGAGUCUCGAGCUGCUGUUGCUUAAUGAGCUGCAGGAGCAGCAGCAACAGCAGCAGCAAAUGCAGCAGCAGCGGCAGCAGCAGCAGCAGCACCACUGUGGGUUGAGCGCCCCGCGCAACAAUAGCUGCAGCACCGUCUGCAUAUGUGGCUGCACGUCUCCCUGUUUUGUGUCUGUGAAACAGCAGGAAACUGCAGCGGCUUUUGCUGCUGGGCUGCUGCGUCGGGUGUACGUACACCUGGUGGCUGCUCUGUUGCUGUCUCCAGCCCCGACAGUGGACACUGCGCGCUCCUCGGCUGCACUACUGCUGCCUGCUGACGAAGCUAGACAGUGGCAACAGCAGCAGCAGCAGCAGCAAGAGCAGCAGCGUCAACAGCAGCAGCAGCAACAGAAGCAGCACCGGUGGCACCUGGUGCGGGGCGAGUGGCGAGGGCAUUCACUUCAGGCUGCUGGCGAGCUGUGUCUUCUUGUUGAUGCAGCAGCAGCAGCAGAAGCAACACGGCGCGCACCUGCCACUGCUGCUGCUGCGGAGGCUGCAGCAGCAGCACGCGAAGCCAUUGCAGCAGAGUUUGUGGGGCCCGUUGCGCUGCUGCUGCAUCGCCACGUAGUCUACGCUGCGCGCAGCAGCAGAAGCAGGUGCUGCUGUUGCUGCAUGGCUCUUCUUGCAGCAAAGUGGCUGCCCGUGCUUGUGGGCAGUACCGUGCAGCAGCAGCUGGUACUGCUGCGGUCGCAAGGCCUCCCCGCUGCUGCAGCUGAACUCAUGGAGCAGCAGCAGAAGCCGCAGGUGCAGCUUAUGAUGCAAAAUGCAUCGGCCGAGGAAAGAACGAGCAGCAGCAGCAGCAAUAGCAGCAGCAAGAACAGCAGCGGCAAGGACAGCGGCAGUACCAACAGCAGCAGCAGCAGCACCGGCUUGUUCUUAAGCAGCAGCACCAGAGCAUCAGCAAGAGAGGUGCCUUUGACUCGAGGAGAAGCAGCAAAGAUGCAUCAGUAUUUCAGCACCUUGGAGAUGAUGGAGGUGGACGGGUAUACAGACACCGCGAGAGAUGCCCCCCGGCUCCCUGUUGUUUCCCUGUUGCGGCACGAAAACAGCAGCAGCAGCAGCAGCAGCAGCAGCGUAGGAGACAUCGCGAAGAUGCCUCAGAAAGGCGCAGAUUUGUUGACGGUAGCUCUCGAGACGUGGACGCAGAUGUCACGAGAGCAGCAGCAGCACCAGCAGGAGCAGCAGGAGAAGCUGGAGCAGCAGCUGCAACUUCUAAUAUCACCUCAGCGACAGCUGCAUGCAUCUUGGAGGAAACGGAUUGCGGCCGAGGUUGUUCAACGUCUCUCUGCCAGACCCAGCAGCAGCAGCAGCAGCAUCUGCAGCAAGGACGUGUCUCUAAGUAGUGCAGCAGCACAGCGCCCAGCAGCAGGAGCAACAGCAGGAAUAACACCAGCUGCAGCAACAGGAGGCGCUUGCGGUGAAGGAGACACUGUAUGGUCUGUCUCUCGCGGUGGCUCUCCGCCAUCAGCAGCAACAGAAGCAGCAAUGCCCGAAUCAGCAGCAGCAGCAACAGCAGCAACGUGCUUCUGGUUAAACGGCCAGCAAGAAAGUGGCCUGCCGUUUGAUUUGUUGCUGAAGAUAAAACACGAACAUGGAAGAGAAGAAAUGCUAUUUCUCGAAGUGAAGGCUUCUCUCCUUGACACGUGGGAAUUUUGUCUGUCUCCUCCGCAGUUGCGGUUUGCGGCGGCUCAUCCACGAGACUUCGUGGUUUUGAUGGUGUCUUCACUUCGAUCGGGAUGCCCGCGUUGGGCCGCUGUCUCCUCUGUCUCCUCCUGUCUUCAUUUUGAAAAGGGGGAGACAGAUAGCCAAGAAGAUCCGCAGGAUCUUGAGAUAGUGCAUCUUCGAUGUCGCUGCUGCCGCCCCUCGCAGUCGGUUGGCGAAAGCCCAGAGAAUUCUUGA